AAAUAACAGGGAAAACACUGAGACUUCCCCCAGACCACAGAUCAAUCAAUAAUCAAUCACCACCACCACCUCACGCCGUUAAAUUCUCUUUAUCGGCGGCACCCAACCGUUCUCCUCCUCCUCCUCCUAUUCGGCCGUUGCUUUCAGUUUCUCUCCUCCGGCGAGAACUGAAACUCUCGCCGGAGAAUUAUUUGUUUUGUUUUGGUUGACGUGAAAUGUAGGAAAGAAUCUAAUCAAAUUCAAAACGGUGCGUACAAGGCACAGACAUAUGAUGCCUUGUUUCUUCAAUUAAAUUUCCUUGCCUUAAGCCGUAAUUCAUUCUAUUUUUUAAAUUUAAUUUAAUUUUUAAUUUAAAUAUGUCCCUCCCACCUCCUUGUUUAAAUUCCUCAUCAUUUCUCUCCUUCACUUUGUUUGCCGUUCAAUGCGAAGUUCCACCUCUAAUUUUUAAUUUUUUAAUUUUGAUUUUUUAAAUUUGUUAUUAUUAAAAAUGAGAUCGUAGAUUAAUUCAGCAAAUUCAAAAGCAUUUGUAAUUAUUAACUUGGAUCAAUACGGUGCGCUCUUGUGCCAUUUUGCGAAUUUGAUCAUGCCUUCUGAAGAGCUGCAGGGUUUAGCUGAAGAUGUCAGUUUUUGGAAGUCAAACACGUUGCCUGGACAUCAUGUUACAGAAUGUAGCCUUUUCAUUAUAAAGAGCUGUGCUUCUAUUGAAGAGUGAGAUCUGAAAUAGUGUGACCAACAGCCAGCAGGAAGUCAAUUGCUUCAUCUCCUCCAGAGAAACAUAUUGCUGUGGAAUUUCAAACUGUGAAGUCUCUGGAACAUCCCAAGUUUUUCCUAAUGCGAGACCCAAAAGUGAAUCUUCAUUUAGACCAGUAUGCAGUGGGAGCAGAGAGAGCUGCCAAGCAGUCCAUGACUUUAUUGAGACCUGUAGACCAUGAGAUAGGGACCAGAUCUUGUUUGAAUGUACAGCAGGCAUCCUCUUUUGGAGAGGGUGACAAAGUUAAUAAAAUGGCUGUGCAAUAUGAGAGCAGUCUCUUCUCGAGCUCAUUAUCGGAGUUAUUUAGUAGGAAAAUGAGAUUGUCUUCAAACAUUGCACCACAUGGUUAUUCAGUUGAGACUGUAGCCUCACAUUAUGAGGAAGAGGGACCUUUUGAAUCUCUUGAAGAAGUUGAGGCCCAAACUAUUGGAAAUCUUCUUCCCAAUGAUGAUGACUUGUUUUCGGGAGUGACUGAUGGGCUUGACCACAUUAUCCAACCCGGUAGUGGUGACGAUAUGGAUGAGUUGGACUUUUUUAACAGUGUUGGGGGGAUGGAUUUGGGGGAUGAUGGUUCUCCUGCAGUAGAAGAAAAUUCUGAAAUUUCUGCUGGUGAGCUUGGGGUUUGUAAUGGUGCAAUAACCAUGGAUCACCCUUCUAGAACACUGAUUGUGAGGAACAUAAAUAGUGAUGUUCAAGAUUCUGAGUUACAGACCGUUUUUGAGCAAUAUGGAGAUAUCCACACUCUUUAUACGGCUUGCAAGAAUCAUGGUUUUGUUAUGAUUUCCUAUUAUGAUAUUAGAGCUGCUAGAAAUGCAAUGAAAGCUCUGCAGAAUAAACUGAUGAGGCAUAAGAAACUCAGCAUUCAUUAUUCAAGUCCAAAUGACAUCCCUUUAGGAAAAGAUUUAAACCAGGGCACUCUUGUGGUAUUUAACCUUGAUGCAUCUGUUUCAAGUGAAGAACUUCAUCAGAUUUUUGGCAUAUAUGGAGAAAUCAAGGAGAUCCAUGAAACCACUGAAAAGGGUCAUAAAAAAUUUGUUGAAUUUUAUGAUAUUAGAGCUGCAGAGGCUUCUCUUCAAGCUUUGAACAGGAGUAAUGUUACUGGGAAGCAAAUUAAGGUUGAGCCAAGUCAUCCAGGGGCUUCAAAACAUUGUUUGGCACAACAGUGUGCUACAGAGCUUGAGCAAGAUGGGUUUGGCCAUUUACAGCAGCAGAGUAGCCCUCCUAAUAAUUUGACCAAGUUUUCUGGGUCAAAAUUGUGUGGUUCAAUGUCAUCUAGAAGCACAGAUAAUGGAAUUGGUUCAGGUGUACACUCUACUAGAAAAGUCCCUUUUCUCGAAUCUGUUCAACCAGGGAUAUCUUCAAGUGUUCCUAACUCUUUGCCCUCCUUGGUGAGAGUGGAUUCAGUUGUCCCUCAAUCUGGCCUUGCUGAGUUUGAUCACUCACUGAGUCCUUUAAAAUUUGGUGUCCAAACCAUAUCAAGUUUUCACCCUCAUUCACUUCCGGAGUAUCAUGCUGCUUUAGUAAAUGGGGCUCAGUGCAAUUCUCCAGGUCCCAUUUCUGCAAAUGUCAAUUUUAAACCACCAGAAAUAACCGACAAUUGCCAGUUCAGCAGAGUUGGUUCAUAUGGACACUCCUUUGGGUUUGGUGAACAAGUUUUUGGGUCUGCCGGUAGUGGGAGCAGUUCUCUUCCUACACAUAAUUCUACUUGGAGUAACUCCUAUCAUCCCCAGCCUCCAGGCAUUAUAUGGCCAAAUUCACCAUCAAUGGUCAAUGGAAUUUGUAAUGCUUAUUUUCCAGGACUGCAUGGACUUCCAAGAUCACCAUCACAUAUGGUGAAUACAGGCUUACCGAUUGGUAUCCAUCAUGUGGGUUCAGCACCAGCUGUUGAUCCUUCUCUAUGGGACAGGCGGCAUGCAUAUGCGGCAAAAUCUCAUGAGGUUUCUGGUUUCCAUCUGGGUUCACUUGGGAGUAUGAGGAUUUCUAACAACUCAUUGCACCCUAUGGAAUAUGCCUCUCAUAACAUAUUUGCUCAUGUUGGUGGGAAUUCCAUGGAAAUGGCUAUUCCCUCAAAAAAAAUAGGGUUCCAACCCCAUCAGCAGAGGUCCAUGAUCUUUGGUUGCAGAGGACAAAUGGUUCCAAUGAUGAAUUCAUUUGAUAUUCCUAAUGAACGUGUUAGAAGCCGUAGAAAUGAAGGCAGUGUGAAUCAGACUGACAAAAAACAGUAUGAACUUGAUAUAGACCGCAUAUUGCAAGGGGAAGACACCCGAACGACGCUCAUGAUAAAGAAUAUUCCUAACAAGUAUACAUCGAAGAUGCUUUUGGCUGCAAUUGAUGAAUGCCAUAAAGGAACAUAUGAUUUUAUAUAUCUACCAAUUGAUUUUAAGAACAAAUGCAAUGUUGGUUAUGCGUUCAUCAACAUGACAGAUCCUAGCCAGAUCAUUCCAUUCUAUCAGUCAUUCAAUGGAAAGAAGUGGGAAAAGUUCAACAGCGAAAAGGUGGCAUCACUUGCAUAUGCUCGCAUACAAGGAAAAGCUGCUCUCAUUGCACAUUUUCAGAAUUCCAGCUUGAUGAAUGAGGACAAACGAUGCCGGCCUAUACUUUUCAACACUGAUGGUCCCAGUGCGGGAGAUCAGGUGCCAUUCCCAAUGGGGGUUAACGAUAGAACUAGACCAGGAAAGGUACGCAAUGCUACCCCUGCUGACAACUAUCAAGGAACCUGCACAAAUCUUGGGAAUGUGGAGGGGGAGGGGGAGGGUUCUUCUAAUGGAGACAACUCUGUAAAGGAGUCGGAGUAAACAACUUUUUGUUGUGACUAACCUUACAUAACUGAUCACAUCUACCUCAAAUCUUGGUGACACUAGUUGGGGUGAGUGGUGACUGAAAAGAAAAAACAAAUUGAAGCCCCUGAAAGUUUUUGACAAAAAUAGCUGAGAAUAUAUACAUGUAUAGAUUUGGCUCAGAAAUGUUGAGUUCUUUACCACUGCUUGAAGGAGGCGUCUCUGCUAAUUCAUUUAGGGCAUUUUCGUUUUUGUUUAAUUUUUUUUUUUAAAAAAUUUCGGGGCUCAUUCUAACUGUAUGUUAUUAAUGUUGGUAGUGAUUAUGGAAAUUUUUGAAAUGAAGAUUUCAGUUCCAGUCAUCUUUUAGAUCUGCUGGCUCUCAUCUGAAUGUGACCUUGCAUUUCUCGCCUUAA